CACGCAGAACAUUUAGGGCCUUAUUUAUUCCGUGAGUUUGCCUUGCCUUACCUUAACGCAAAUCUGUGAUGAUGUGAAGAAAAAAUGUAGCACAGUUGGGCAUGGAAGACGUUCCAAUGAUUGUAUUUCCUAAAGGGGGACAUUUUGCUCUGAAGGAUCUUGCUGCUCUUGAUUAUGAAGUUAUUGGAAUCGACUGGACCGUUGAUCCUACCUUGGCUCGAGAAAUUGUUGGGCCAAAUAAAACUCUUCAGGGAAAUCUUGACCCAUGCGCCCUAUAUGCAGAUAAAAAAUUCAUCAGCAAUGCCGUAAAAGAAAUGAUUGAGAAAUUUGGCCGUAACCGCUACAUAGCUAACUUGGGCCAUGGAAUGUACCCUGAUAUGGACCCAGAAAAUUUGGCAGCUUUUGUUGACGCCGUUCACAAGCACUCCAAGAAACCAGACUCCACCUGAUUUUUCAGUCAGAGCUAAGAUGAGGAAUUAAGUUACUCACACUUGCAACAAGUGAGUAUUUAAUUUCUGGGAAACAAUUACAAUUAGAUAGUGAUUGAUAUUAAAAAUCUUAAUAAAUAGUGUCUUAAUAGUUACAAUCAUUCAAGUAUUACUAAAUUGUCAAGGUGUUUGUAACCCGUGAAUACUGUCUUAAAUGUUUGACCAUCUAGUAGACAUUCAUGGCACUAAAGCAUGAAUCAGUAAUCCCAGUUAUUCAGCCAAGUAAUUGUCUUGUUCAGUGGUUGUGUAUUUCGUAAUUCUGUAUUAAUGGGUAUAGAAUUUAGCACAGUAUUGUUAUUGUUAUUGCAGCUUUGUGUUAAAUGUGUUAUUGUUAUUGCAGCUUUGUGUUAAGUGUGCAAGUAAUGAUUGAUAUAUUGUGAAUAUAAUUUUACCAUGAUUACUCGACUGUCUUUAUUACAACUCUUUGUUAUAAAACCUUGGAAGAAACCAUAUACUAUCUUGUUUCUUAUUCAAGGAGAUUUUCAAGCUAAUUUGUGAGUAUGAGAAUCAUUUAUUCUUACAGUACUAGAAUUGUCUCAUGUACUGAUUAACUGUUUCCUCCUUGUCUUAUCAAAGUAAACUUUGUUGAAAUACUGGAGAUAAAUGCUCAGCUAUCAACAGCAAUCUUUCAAAGUCUGUCUACUUAUCACCUUUGUAAAAGUGCCCGUACUGUAGUACUAUACACAAACAUGUCAGCAGAGGGC